GAUUAUCGGAUGAACCAAAAAGCGACGAGAAUACCUGGGCUUACGGAGUACGCCUAGCGCCCGCGUCGACGUCCGCCUCGUCCACUUCUGAGGGUAAAGACCGCGAUCCCUCCUCCAUGUCCACGCCUUCUAUGGCUGGGGCCAAAACGCGUCAGGCGA